CUCCCACAUGGGACUUAAGACCCCACUCCACCAUUCAUUUUUGCCUUCCCCUAGCCUUAGCCUUAGCCUUAGAUUGGUGUAUAUAUAGUUUUAUUCCUGACCUUUCCUCAGCUCAUCAUGAUCUUUCACAACUUUGUCUAGCUAGCUAGCAAGCUCUCUCCAUAUAUAUUCCUUUAAAUUUAUAAUCAUUAAAUUGUUAUAAGUUGUUUCUUCAGCUACUACUAUAUAUUUGUGACAAUAUCCAGUUCAAGUUAGUCAGCAUGGGGGAUUCAUCUGCUUCUUACAUACAUAUGGUGCAGCACCUGAUAGAGAAGUGCUUGAUAUUUCAGAUGACCAAAGAAGAGUGCAUGGAAGCUCUCUCUAAGCAUGCAAACAUAGAGCCCAUCAUAACUGCAACUGUGUGGAAAGAGUUAGAGAAAGAGAAUGCGGAAUUCUUUAUGGCAUAUGCUCAGUCACAAACCAAACAAGACCGAAUGUCGCAAGCCCAAACGAGUGAAAUGAUUCAGAGAAUGAUUGCUAAUCAUAAUUCCGACUUCAACGAUCCAUCCAAGGGAUCGGGCAGUUAAUUACUUAAUCACCACAUCUUAAUAAUAUAAUAACAAUUCGAUAUAAUAAUCACCCAUUUUAAUUUCCAAUAAUGGAUUUUCUUAUGGAUUUGAAUCAUAUGUAGGAGUACGUUCUUUUGGUUUUAAUUUCCUGAUGAUUUGUUUUGUUUUUUGUUGUAUAGCUUCACUAGAAGAAUAAAACUGGAGAAAUUCUUGUGGGAAAAAUUGGAAUUUCGAAAGUUUGUAGUAGUUCUUAAUUAAUAUUUCUGCCA